AUGACGUUUCCCAGGAUAAAGGAUCAUUUAAAGAAAAUUUUCAGCAACUGUCCUGGGGAAAUUGAGGGAGAAAAGAACAUUGCAAAUUUUUCAACUCCAAUCAGUGACCUUCAAAAAAAGAUAAAUGAAGUCUUCGACAAAAUUCAACUAAUUGUUCCCAAUGCAACAUUUACCUACUUAAAUAGAACUACAAAUGGGGAAAAGAGCAAGAUUUUUAUUGCAAGCCCGAGACAAAAAUAUUGCAUAGGAGAAGAGUUUGUGGUUCAAAUUGACAUGUAUGAUCACCUCGGAAGAAGGAAAGGAUAUGGAGGGAACUUCAUUAGGGCACGUAUUUUUUCUGAUGAACGCAAAGCCAGUGUAUGUGGAAGAGUGGAAGACUUUAAUAAUGGGAGCUACCAUGUGCAUUUCCCUUUGUACUGGGAGGGCCAGGUCAAGGUGUCUGCCAAGUUGUUUCAUCCCAGUGAAGGUAUUUCAGCUCUCUGGAGAGCUAGACAUGCCAGUCUUGGAGUUCUUGGCUUUGAAGGCAAAUUUGUUAGUCGUAACCAAGAAGCCACCACUAAAUGUGGUUUUAAACUCAACACAGACAAGGAGGUUUGUGAAUAUGUAGAUCCAGAUGAUGAGAAUGCAUUCUACUGUAUCAAGCCUGAGAAGUUACCAUGUGACUCUCUACAUGACAUGAAAUCAUUUGACAUUCAUCUCUCAUACUUGAGCAAGGAGGAACAACAGAUGUUUAAGAG